CAAUAACCUACGACCUUGCAACUAAUUUAACUACAUUAGAACGUCUAAGGGAUGCAUGUUGAAUUAAUGAACUUGGAGAAUGCUGGUCUCCAGGACCGUGUUAUAGAUUUGGAAAAACGAAGUGCUGAACAAGCCAAUGAACUAGCUUGUCUAAGAAGCUCUUUGGCUGAUUGUCUACGUCGCUUAAAUCUUUUGGAAAGUGCUAGAGGUAUGAAAUUGCAUUCUUCUCAAAGACCAGUUUUGCACAAUAAUGGCUCCAAUGUGACUAAAACUAAUUCACGUACUGACUCAUCCUAUUCAUCAAGACGACAUACAAGUUCUCGUAAUCCUACUUCUACUGGACAUCAAUCGAAAAAUUCACGUGACAGUUCAUUAGUUGUUCCACAUUCUACAACAACGAGUACAACAGCAAGAACUCGUUUAAAAAGUCCUCAAAGUGUUCGAUUAAGUUCAUCAUCAACUACUUUAAAUAAUCAAGCGGUUGGUGUUUGCGGUGGAACAAAUCAAACAAGACGUAAUCGGAUUACUAGCGCUAGUUCAGAAGAUAGACAAUUUAAUAAUUUCAAUAAUAAUAAACAUGAAGGUGACAACAAAACUUUAUCUAUGUAUGAAUAUAAUGAUAUGAUAAUGUCACGACAAAGUGAACCCAUUACUUACCAACAAAAAUCAUCCACUUUAAAAUCGAAUACAUCUUCACGAUAUUAUGAAGCUUCUAAUGGACCGUCUGGUUAUACAGUAUUUUGGAGAUCAGCUUAUGAUGGUGAAUUAGAUGAUAUAUAUCGAAUGAAUCAUUGUCAAAGUCCUACAAGUCAACAACACCAACAACAUUCUGUAUCUAUGUCUUCAUCAUUUCGGAAAAAUCAUACAGUUGCUCCACCUCCACCACCACCACCACCUGCUCUCCCACCAUCAUCUUUAUGUAUACCGCCAAAUCUUGUUCGUCGUGGUCGUCCAUCUUCUGGACCAUCUUCCUCAAUAUAUUAUUGUGCUAAUGAUUCAGAUGAUCGUUCUGUACAUUUAGCAUCAACUGGCCGUUCUCUUCAUCCUACUGCUUGGAAACCUGGUGGAGUAGCAAUAUGUUCUACAAAUCGAGAAAUAAUUCCAUCAGUGAAUAAACCAUCAUGUAUACCCAAAUUUCAUGAUGAUGACUCCAAGGAAACUACUUAUUUACCAGGUGAUGGAAUUCUACGAUUUUAUAUUCGCGGACGUCCAGUCAAUGUUUAUAUGCCUACGCAAAUUAUGCAUAAUUAUGAUUUGUCAAUUCCAUUGAAAGCACCGGAUACGACGUUGAAAUUGGAAUGGAUUUAUGGUUAUCGUGGGCGAGACUGUCGAAAUAAUUUACAUUAUCUUCCAACUGGAGAGUUAAUUUAUUUUGUUGCAGCUGUUGUAGUAUUGUAUAAUAUUGAAGAGCAAUGUCAAAGACAUUAUUUGGAACAUACUGAUGAUGUAAAAUGCAUUGCUAUCCAUCCUGAUCGUAUUACUGUGGCUACUGGUCAGUCUGCAGGACAUGAUAAACAGUUUGGAAAACCACAUGUACGAAUUUGGAGUUCAGUCGAUUUGAAAACACUGAAAAUUAUUGGUUUAGGCGAAUUUGAACGUUCAGUUUGUUGUUUGUCUUUUUCAAAAACGGAUAACGGAGUUAAAUUAUGUGCAGUUGACGAAGCUACAGAUCAUGUAAUUUCAAUAUGGGAUUGGCAGAAAAGUCGCAAAAUAACGGAAACUAAAUGUUCCACAGAACCAAUAACAGCUGUUGAAUUUCAUCCAUUAGAUGAUGCAACCCUUGUAACUGGUGGUAAAGGUCAUUUAGCAUUUUGGACAUUUGAUGGAUGUACACUAAGUAAAAAGAUGGGAAUAUUUGAAAAUGGUAAACAGCCAAUCGAUAAACCUAAAUUUAUACUUUGUUUAACAUUUGCUGAAAAUGGUGAUCUACUGACUGGUGAUUCUGCUGGGAAUAUUAUUGCAUGGAAACGAGGUACAAAUACAGUGAAUCAAAUAUGUCAAGGUGUACAUGAAGGUGGUAUAUUUUCAUUAUGUUUAACAAAUAAUGGACAUCUUAUAUCUGGUGGUGGGAAAGAUCGUCGUUUAGUAUUCUUUGAUGCAGCUCUUAAUCCAACUGGUCAUACUGAAGAAUUAACUGAAUUAUAUGGUGCUGUAAGAACUAUUACACAAGGUCCUGGAGAGUUGUUAAUUAUUGGCACAACAAAGAAUAUGAUACUACAGGCUGGUCCUGGUAUGGAAAUAAGUCCUUUAAUGUUUGGUCAUUCUGAAGAAUUUUGGAGUCUUGCUAAACAUCCACAAGCUCAUCAAUUUUUAACUGGUGGACGUGAUCAUUUAGUAAUUCUAUGGGAUUCAUUAUCAAAACAAGCUAUUUGGUCAAAAGAAUUCACUGAUGCUAUACAUUGUGCUGCAUUCUAUCCACUUCAAUCAGUUUCAAUAACAAAUGGGACUAUGAGUCCAGUUAAUAAUAAUGAUAAUAAUAUUAAUGAUAAUAAUAUAAUUGAUGAAACAAAUAAUUUAGAUUUCAAUGUAUCACUGAUGAAUUCACAUGAUUUAUUAGUAGUAUUAGGCACAAGUACAGGACGUUGGUUAGUAUUCAAUUGUUUAAAACAAGAAAUAAUUGCUGCACAUUCCGAUGGACUUGGUGAACAGAUCGAAUGUGUUGCAUAUUCACCUGAUGGAAAUUACUUAGCUCUUGGUUCACGAGAUAAUGUUAUUUAUGUAUAUAAUGUGUUAGAACGUGGCUACAAAUAUAAUCGUGUUGGACGAUGUUGCGGUCAUAGUAGUUUUAUCCUGCACAUUGAUUGGUCUGUAGAUGGGCGAUUUUUACGUUCUGUAUCAGGAGAUUAUGAAAUACUGUUCUGGACUGCAUUUGAUUGUAGACAAGUUGUCUCACCUAGUACACUACGUGAUUUAGAAUGGGCUAGUCAAACAUGUACACUUGGUUGGGAAGUAGCUGGAAUUUGGCCAUCUGAUUCAGAUGGUACUGAUGUUAAUGCUUGUGAUCAUAGUCCAACUGCUGAUAUUUUAGCUACUGGAGAUGAUUAUGGAAAAGUUAAACUAUUCAAAUAUCCAACUAAUAAACCAAAGGCUGAAUUUCGUGCUUAUAAUGGUCAUUCAAGUCAUGUGACAAAUGUAACAUUUUUAUAUGAUGGAUCUAGAUUAAUAUCUAUUGGGGGCAAAGAUACAGCUGUAUUACAAUGGGAAGUAUGUAUUUAACACAUGAUAUUAUAUGAUAAAUACAUAUUCAUCAUUUAUUUAAUCAGUUUCUUCUUCUUCUUCUUCAGUAUUGUUCAUAGUUAUUAUUCUCAUUUUCUAUUCAUACUCUCACCAUAUCAUCCAUCUACAACUCAAUGAUACGUUUGAGGGCAAUAAAAAUAAAAAGAGUCAUUCUAAUGCUGUCUGUAUGGUUUUCUGAUGCCUUCAAAUUUAAAUGUAUUUGUCAUAAUCAUUCAUUAUUCAUAAAGUAUGAUUAUGUCUGUGUGCAAUACAUUUACAAUUACGGAAGAAUACCAUUUAGUAUAGUUCAUUUAUUGUUAUAGUCGAUAACCUCUCUUCUUAUUAAAAUUAUUAACAUGUUUGUUUUGCUAAUGUUACUAUUUCUCUCCAAUCCAACCCCCCCCCGAAAAACGCUUGUUUUUCUUUUUUACAAAUAUACCAUAUUAUUAAAAUGUUUAUUGAUUUAUUUAUUUAAAAAAAAAAUAAACUGCAUCGUUUCCUCGUGAUAAAACAGAGAAAUAUAUACUACUACUGUUUACUCACCUACCUAUCUAUCUAUCUACCUAUCUGCUUACUUAUUUGUCUCUUCUCAUACUUAUCGAUGAUUUUUCCUCGUUGCUCACUUUCUCUUUUUUUUCUCUUUCUUAUUUUAUCAUCAUUCGUGACAUUUUAGUUUUGUUAAUUUGGGUAAAAAUAAUUGUCAAUUUUUUGUUUACAUGAAGCGAGUAUUAUUAUUAUUAGUAUUAUUAUUAUUAUUAUUAUUAUUAUUAUUAUUAUUAUUA